AUGACAGAUUCAUUUUUUUUACCAUCUAAAGCUUAUUUACAAGUUGAAGGAAGACUUCAAGCAGCAAGUGGUGCAUUCUAUGCUAAGACAGAUGUAGUUACACUUACACACAAUGGAAUUAUGGAUUUAUUUGAUAGAAUGGCAUAUGAUUUAUCUGGCCAGAACAUAGAAACAGUAAAUAAUUUAGGGCAAGCAACUACAAUGUUAGGAAUGCUUAACUAUUUAAACGACUUCCAAAUAGCGAAAGGAUUAAAUCAACUAUGGUACAAAGAUACUGUAACAGAUGCAAAUUUGACUACUAAUGUUGGAUUUACAGUGAGAAAAUCAUACAUUAUUCAGAAACCUACUACAAGAGAUACAUUUUCGUUUAUUAUACCUUUAAAGCAUAUUUUCGGAUUCUGUGAUGAUUAUACUAAAGUACUUUACGGAUUUAAGCAUACGUCAACUUUACAAAGAAAAAAUGACAAUGAUGCUAUUUUACGAUCUACUGCAGCAGCUAUAGGAAAAAAAAAUAUUACAAAAGUAUCAUUAUGGAUGCCUUAUAUCACACCAUCAGAUACAGAGAGACUUAAUCUUGAUACGAUUAUUAGAGAAAAAAUCCAGUAG